AUGGCGUCGACCGCGACCGCGGACGACGCGCGAGCGACCGACGGGGCGACGACCGAGGCGACGAUCGCGAUGAAACGACAUCGCGCCACCGACGACGACGACGGGACGAAACGACGCCGCGCGGACGCGGACGACGACGCCGUGCACGCGGUGACCGCGGACGACGCCGGUGCGACCGUGAACGAGGCGUCGGCGCGACCGCGCGCGGGCGUGGACGGUGAGAGGAGAGAUGAUGACGACGACGGCGACGCGGACGGCGGCGGCGACGGCGACGUGACGGACGCGCGGACGAACGACGACGACGACGACGCCGUGACGCUUCGAGCGGCCGUGGGUGAGGACCCGGCGGUGACCGCGGCGAGGAACGCGGCGAGACGGGGACCGAGCGCGGAGGACGUGGAAGCCGCGCGCGCGAACGCGGAGCGCGAACGUUUGGAACUCGAACGGGAGAAUGAAAUCGUGACGCGAUCGUUGGAAUGUCCGCAGAGCAUGGUCGGGCGAAUCAUCGGCCGGGGGGGGGAGACGAUUAAGUCGUUGCAAGCGACGAGCGGGGCGCACGUGGCGAUCGACCAGAGCGGGGCGGAUGGGGAGCCGAAGCGGGUGACGAUUUCGGGAACGCGCAAGAGCGUGGACGCCGCGAGCGAGCUCGUGGAAAAUUUAUUGCUCGGUACGGGAGCGAUGGGUGGGAUGUUAGUGAUCCCGGGACAGAUCACGCGAAGCAUCGAGUGCCCGAAGGAGCGCGUGGGGAAGAUCAUCGGACGCGGCGGGGAGACGAUUCGCGGAAUACAAGCGGCGACGGGCGCGAGACUGCAGAUCGAUCAGACGCGACAGCCGUGCGUGGUGAUGAUGGCUGGUGCCGAGGCGUGCGUGGACGCGUGCACACAGGUGGUGAACGAGAUCUUAGAGGGGGGAUCCACGGCGGUGUUUAACGAGAUCGCGCGCGGGGGUCAAGGUUUUGGAUACGCCUCGAGCGCGAACGCCGCUCCGUACGCGAGCGCCGGUUGGACGCAGACCGCUUCGACGGCGUACGCACAGCAGGAUGUCGCGGCGUACGCGCAGCAGCAAGCGAUGUACGCCCAGAUGUACGCCGCGUACAGUGCCCAGAGCCAACCGCAAAUCUCCAAGGAGCAAUACGAAGCCAUCGCGCGAAACCCGUGGCGCGCUCUGGACGACGGCAAGGGCAACACCUACUACUACAACGCCCUCACCGGCGUCUCCCAGUGGGACAAACCCGAUGAUUUCAAAGCGUAA